CUUGGGGGGGCCUGAGGGUGGUGGUGGUGCUGCUGGUGCUGCUGACAUGAAGACGGUCAUCCAGCUGUCUACCAAAGUCAUCGACUCAGAAUACAGGUCCACCCUGCCACACACACACACACACACACAAACACACGGAUCUCUCUCCCUCUCUGUGCCUCCGUGUGUGCAUGUUUGCAGGUUGAAGAAGACUUUGCUGCACGAGUGCUGCCACGUAGCUCAGUUUGUGCUUGAGAGGGAAUUCCGCCCGCCACACGGACGCGCCUUCUGGAAAUGGUGUGGCCACACACACACACACACACACAGAGAGAGAGAGAGGGGGGGGCAGGAAGAGACGAGAGAGAGAGAGAGAGAGACACAGCAUACGUCUGUGUGUCUGUCUGUGUGUCUGUCUGUGAAAGGGCGCGCAUCGCAACCCGUCGCUUCCCCGAUCUGCCGGUGGAGACGUGCCAUUCCUACGACGUGCACUACAAGUGCAAGUACCAGUGCACCGCAUGCGGCAAAAUGUAUGUAAUUACAGACAGAUGUCUACACACGGACGGACACAUGAGACACGCUGGUGCCGGUGUGUGUGAUGUGUGGCUGAUGUGUGUGUGUGUGUGCAGGUUUGGGCGUCACUCCAAGUCCCUCGACACCGCCCGAUACCGAUGCAAAUGCGGCGGGCGGAUCGUGUAAGUAAUACACCUUGAGUGCACUGACUGACAGAGACCACUGCACUGCCUGCAGUGCGUUUGUGCGGUGUCUCUCUCUGUUGGUCUGCGAGCAGUUACUUGGGCAUGUUUGAUCCGGACGGCCGCCGCAUCGCCGAGAAGGUCCCCACACCGUACAACCGAUUCGUCAAGGUGGGUGGGUGUGCUGUGGCUUGCAGGUGUGGGCGACUCAAUGAAAUCCUUGUGUGUGUGUGUGUGUGUGUGCGCGUGUGCCUGUAGGAGCGUUACGAGAGCGUCCGAGCUGAGAUGCCGCCCGGCACCCCGAACGCCAAAGUGCUGCAGAGGGUCGCGCAGAUCUGGUACGGACGGACGUUAUGGCGUCGAGUGAUGGCAUGCAAGUGCAUCCGUCCGUCCGUCCGUCCAUAUGUGUGUGUGUAUGUGUGUGUGUGUGGCAGGAAGGACCGCAAGAAUCGCUCAGAUGGCAGCGACAAUGAGUAGCGACGUCCGUUCAUUGCCGUGAGCACAAGCGUGCAGGGGUCGAUGGAAUGACGUCGACACGCACACACACUCACCAUUGAAUGCAUUGCAAGUCAGUCAACGAAGGAGCACAAACGUACAGAA